UUUGUCGAAGACUAACACAGAGUAUUUCUUGUCUUUCACCCUAUUCCUCUUCUCCUCUUUCUAUUCUUCAGUUCUAUACCAUCAAAAUUUCGAAAGCCCGAGCCCCCUUUUCUACGUCCAGAUUCUCCUCCAUUAUUUUACACCGUUCCCAGUUGAUAAGGUACCACUUCAUAGUCUGAAUUCUAUUUCAAGCUUUCAGGGUUUCCGCCAGGAUGGAAACCACGAUGUCCCCCCUCCAGCGUGCGUUCAACGCAUUUUUGAUGACCAUGCCACCCGAGCAGUUGGAGGAGCUGCUCAAGUACCUCCAGGACGCGAAAGCUCAGGGAAAUCCUCAGCCUUCAUAUCCAAAUGAAAAUAUUCAAUCGUGCUUAGAGUUCAAGGCCGACAAAAAUCAUGGAUCUACUACCCCUGCAAGUGCUAACUCGCGGUCCUCAACUUCGCGGGGGAAACGUGCCUCUGAUGCGAAAAGAAGGCCGCUCAAUAGUUUCAUUGCCUUUAGAAGCUAUUACUCCGUCAUGUUCCCUGAUCUCACUCAGAAGGCAAAGUCGGGCAUUCUUCGCUUCCUGUGGCAGAACGACCCAUUCAAAGCCAAAUGGGCAAUCCUUGCCAAAGCCUACUCCAUCAUUCGCGAUGACCACGAUAGCGAUGUUUCUCUGGAAUCUUUUCUGGGUUUGAAUGCGCAAUUCAUUGGUAUAAUUGGACCAAGUCGUUAUCUUGAAGUUAUGGGCUGGCAACUGGAUGUCGAUGAUCAGCAACAAUAUACUAUAGCUAGGGUUAAAACGACGACUGCAAAUGAAACCGAUAUUUCGACAAACUAUUCUGUUAAUGAUAUAGUUAGACAUUGCUACACCAGUGGCUAUGUUUCCGAGAAAAAUCGGAAGAGCAAGGCAAGCAAUAGCAACAGUGCCCCGGUUAUGGCUUUUGCUGCCCAGCCGACUUUGGUUGUCCACAAGGACGACAGUAUUCGGAUCUCUGGCAACCAUACUAUUGUAACCGAAGUUUACAAAACUAAUCCGGCUAUGGAAAUAUCUUCACCGGAGCAAACUGAAGAUACAUUUUCGCCAAACACUAGUGACUUGAGCACAAUUGCUGAUGAACCUCCGCUCGAUGCAAUGGAAGUAGUUGGCAUCUGCAACCGUCCUCAACGUUUCCCGGAGUCAAGUAUGAUGAAUGGUGUUGAUUUCCAUAACAUCCAGUUCCCAGGCUGGGAUGAGGAGAACGCAAUGUUCACUUACGAUGCCGCACUACAUACGCCACUGAUACCCUAUGAUCCGCUGCACUACGAUCCACUAGAAGCCUAUGACUUCUCUAGAUUCGUUGACAUUUGA